AGGGGUGUGAGACCACAGGCUGUUCCCACGGUGUCUUCUGUGGUGUGGCAGCGCCAGGUGGGAGCUGGCAUCCUGUGCAUUGAGGGCCCCUGUGCUGUGGCUGUCGUGGCUCUGGGCGCUGUCUCCAAGGGGCCAUCAGGUAACGCUUUGCCUCAGGCUCCAGGGUGCACCAGAGACCUUCUGGGAGUCGGAGGGGCAGCUGCCUUGGCCGGGGAGUGCCUGGGGCUGCUUCUAGAAAGGGGUCUUCCCCUACCCCACCUCUGCACUGGUGAUGGUGCUGGUCACUGGGCCAUGGCUCCAGGACAGAGGGUCCCUGCAGUUAAACACAGCCCUGCCUCAUUGCGGGAACACCAGUCCCAGGCAGCCGAGACCUGCAUUUCUGUCCCAGGCCUGUCCCAGGUUCUGUCGGUUCUGUCCCAGGCCUCACCCCACUACCAAAAGGGGCAGAGAACAAUUCCUUUGGGCUGAAGAAAUGAGUGAACGGUGGGAGCCUGCAAGCACAGCCCAGAAGGGAGUGAAACAGUGUAAGUGGCUGAACCCACCGCACCACACUGGUAGUCACAGGUGCGUGCACACUGGGCGCCAGGGCCCCUUGCUCUGUGCCGGGCAUAGUUGUCAUACAAACUGCCAUUGGGUGCCAGUGCCAAGAGGUUGGGCCCCAGGAGCCUCACAGCCUCUGAGAAGCACCGUCGGCCUCCCCCGGCGCUCGCCACUCUGCUCGCUUCACUGUCUGGCGUGAGCUCGCUGACAGCCAGGCCCUGGGCCAGGGCUGGCGAUGGACACAGAGGCAGGAGAGCUGGUUGCUCCCAUUCCAGGGGCAGAGGUGCAAACAGCCACUCCACUGUCCCCUCCUCCCCAAGCCUGCAUGAGAGCUUAACCAGGAGGUGGUAUAGCAUGGGCCUGGCACAGCUAGGGCUGAGGGGGAAGCGGGUAGAGUGCAGUGGCGUUGGGGCAUGGCACCGUCAGAGAUGUAGUCCGCUAAUGCUGUGGGGAGAAGGCUCUGGAGCAUGGGAGGUAGCAAGCCUCGUCCCAGGUGCUGUUGCAGGUAGGGCUGACGAUGGGAGCUGCAUCGCAGGAGAGAAAGGGGCCUCCUUGGGAACACUGGGCCAAGCAGACGCUGUGGCCAGAGGAGUCAUCCAUGGCAUUAAGGGGCCUGUGGACUGCAGGGCAGUGGCCAAGUGGGCCGGGAGUGGAGGGGGCCCUGGCAGGUCAAAGGUCAAUGGACAGCCCCCAAGCCAGGCAGAUGGCAGGUGGCAUCCCAAGGGUUUAGGGACGGGGUGGACAGGAGCAGGACGAUGGCUGGAGGGCAAGGCUGGGACACGUGCAGGUGACAAGCUCAGUGCAGGGGCAGGGCAUGCGCCAUCUGGGCAGUGUGGAGGUGAGGAGCAAGGACAAAGCCUGUGUGUGGAGAGGCCUUGCAGGUGUCAGCAGCGUGGCGUCGGCAUGGUGGAGAGGAGCGUGGCGCCGGCAUGGUGGGGAGGAGCGUGGCGCCGGCGUGGUGGGGAGGAGCGUGGCGCCGGCGUGGUGGGGAGGAGCUGCGGGGUGGCAACCCAGAGGCAAGGAGGUGGGCAGAGGCCCCCGGAACUGGCCCUGCCCCUCAGCCCAGCCCCAGGUCACAGCACAGCCCUCCCCUGGCUGCCUCCAAGGAGUCCCCAGCUACUGAGUGGCCACUCCACGCCAGCUCAGCCCACACCUCACCUUCCCAGUGCCUGUGGAGGCCCAACCAGGGUGACGCUGGGAGAGGAGAGGGCUUGGAGGAGCCACAGGUCAAAUGCAGGAGGCCACACCUGCCUACCCAGGAGGACUGCAGGAGCCGGGUCCUUAACACCUGGAGGGGAGCGGGGGGGCAACAACGCUGGCCACACGGUGGUGGUGGAUGGGAAGGAGUAUGACUUCCACCUACUGCCCAGCGGCAUCAUCAACACCAAGGCUGUGUCCUUCAUUGGCAACGGGGUGGUCAUCCACUUGCCGGGCUUGUUUGAGGAAGCAGAGAAGAAUGAAAAGAAAGGCCUGAAGGACUGGGAGAAGAGGCUCAUCAUCUCUGACAGAGCCCACCUUGUGUUCGAUUUUCACCAGGCUGUCGACGGACUUCAGGAAGUGCAGCGCCAGGCACAAGAGGGGAAGAAUAUAGGCACCACCAAGAAGGGAAUCGGACCCACCUACUCUUCCAAAGCUGCCCGGACGGGCCUCCGCAUCUGCGACCUCCUGUCAGAUUUCGAUGAGUUUUCCUCCAGAUUCAAGAACCUGGCCCACCAGCACCAGUCGAUGUUCCCCACCCUGGAAAUAGACAUUGAAGGCCAACUCAAAAGGCUCAAGGGCUUUGCUGAGCGGAUCAGACCCAUGGUCCGAGAUGGUGUUUACUUUAUGUAUGAGGCACUCCACGGCCCCCCCAAGAAGAUCCUGGUGGAGGGUGCCAACGCCGCCCUCCUCGACAUUGACUUCGGGACCUACCCCUUUGUGACUUCAUCCAACUGCACCGUGGGCGGCGUGUGCACGGGCCUGGGCAUUCCCCCGCAGAACAUAGGUGACGUGUAUGGUGUGGUGAAGGCCUAUACCACACGCGUGGGCAUCGGGGCCUUCCCCACCGAACAGAUCAACGAGAUUGGAGACCUGCUGCAGACCCGCGGCCACGAGUGGGGGGUGACCACAGGCAGGAAGAGGCGCUGUGGCUGGCUCGACCUGAUGAUUCUGAGAUAUGCUCACAUGGUCAAUGGAUUCACUGCGCUGGCCCUGACGAAGCUGGACAUCCUGGACGUACUGGGUGAGAUUAAAGUCGGCAUCUCGUACAAGCUGAACGGAAAGAGGAUUCCCUAUUUCCCAGCUAACCAGGAGAUGCUUCAGAAGGUCGAAGUCGAAUAUGAAACGCUGCCUGGCUGGAAAGCAGACACCACAGGCGCCAGGAGGUGGGAGGACCUGCCCCCGCAGGCCCAGAACUACAUCCGCUUUGUGGAGAAUCACGUGGGAGUCGCAGUCAAAUGGGUUGGUGUUGGCAAGUCAAGAGAGUCGAUGAUCCAGCUGUUUUAGUCACAGACUGAGCUGAUCCCAACAGACCUGGCAGCGAAACAGCAGCAAUCACGUUCCUCGGCAGCCACAACCAACACCAAAGCAGGAAAGCCGUUUUCUGUAUUUUUCUAUUUCUGUUCAACCUGUUGGUUUCUACAAUGAUUUUAAACAUUGGAAAGCCAGCCUUGUGUAUAUUUUUAAUAAUUCUGCUAUUUAAAAUGAGCCAAAGUGCUCAAAGCAGAGACCUUCUAUGACACAUUAGUGUCACAUGGUUGCGUGUCCAGCUGAAGCAGUGUCAUAAUAAACAUCUCCAAUGGCCACUGAA